UGACGCGAAUAAUGAUGGAACAAUAACUAACACAACGGGCGGAUCUACUACUGCGUUAAAGUCAGGCUAUCCAUACAUGGUAAUGGUGCAUCAAUUCUUGGAAUACAAAUACGUGGAAUGCGCUGGCACGGUCUUAUCCAAAAGAUGGGUUCUCACAGCCGCUCAUUGUGUAGAAAGAACCCCUCGAACAUUUCUCGUAGAGUUCGGUAUCAGCGACAAGUUAGGCAUUGGAUACGGGCUUCUUCGAACUUUCGGUAUGUCGAUGACUACGACUCAAGCGUUUAUACAUCCGCAAUAUGCAAAAAGGCUCAAUGAUAUUGCCUUACUUUAUAUGCCACAAGAUAUUCCCUUUUCCAUUGACAUUCAGCCAAUAAAACUCGCAUAUUACGACGAAAGGUUUGUGAACAAAACGUGUGUUUAUGUGACCGAAUGGGGAAGAAAUCAUAUUAAUAGAAGAAGUAUGAAAAGACUUAGGUAUACUACAUUGUCGAUUAUAAGAAAUGAUGUAUGCACACAAUACUGGGGCAUCAGCGACAAGCACAUUUGCACGGCCACUGCAGGAUUGGGACAAGACGCUUGUGAGAGUAACAGCGGUGGUCCUCUCAUCGUAAGAAAAAAUGAUCAAAACUUUCAAAUAGGUAUUGUGAGUUACGGAGAUGAAUUGUGUCCUAGCAACAAACCUCAUGUGUUUACUAAGGUUUCUUCAUAUAUAGAAUGGAUUCGCGAAGUUAUGAUGUGA